GACAGCGUCAACCCGCAGGUUUUGUUUACGUUACGAAUUCACGAUUUCUAAUUAGUUUAUAAAAACGCGAUCAUUCCUUAACACCUUGACAUACAAAGGUGUAAUUAAAUUGUGGAAUCAAUUUUUAAUAAGGACCGAAACAAAUCCAUAAAAUGGAAAACCUGAAAAACAUUUGGAAACCGGAAUUGUAUCGAAUACAAAUGGAAGCUCCGAAGCCAAAACGAAUGGUUUGUGAUAAUUUGGACGAUAGACCGGAGUUCUACGGGCGAGAAUACCACGGUGUAAUGGGUCAUAAGGAAGCCACUUCAAUUCUUGAAAAUGAACCCGAUGGUGCCUUUCUAAUAAGAAAAGGCAGUCAGGGCAACGAUUUCUUUACGUUAACUCUAAAAUUUGAUGGCAAAAUUCAUCACUACAAAUUGUACUACGAUGGGUCACAUUACAUAGGUGCUAAACGCUAUGACACCAUCUAUGACUUGGUGGCCGAUGGGCUGGUCACGUGCCACAUGGAACUGAAAGCUCAUCAUAUCUUUGAGAUGAUCAACUCUAGAGCAAGCUACCCUGAAAGUCCAUAUGUUACGUUAAACAGACGGAAGUUAAACACACUUUCUAGGAUGCAACAAGCUUCAAACAACGCCAGCCCAAUUAUAACCACAAAGACUGAAAACAAAGUGACCACAGACGAAGAUGGAAUGAAGAAACCUCCUUUUGAUCUCACACCAUCCAUAGAGGAUAAUCCUCUAGUGGUGAAAUACUCUAAAUCACAUAGUUUUAAAGUACACACGUUUAAAGGACUGAAUUGGUGUGAAUUGUGUGCGAAUUUCCUGUGGGGAUUCACCGCUCAAGGGGUGAAGUGUGAAGAUUGCGGAUUCAUAGCCCACUCAAAAUGUUCGGAGCGCGUUCCGAAUCACUGCGUGCCUGACUUAAAGAAACUCCGUGGAGUUUUCGGCAUAGAUUUGACGACGCUACUGAACGCACACUCGAGCACUUUGCCGUUCGUAGUUAAGAAGUGUGUGAACGAAAUAGAAGAGAGAGGAAUGGACUCUGAAGGGAUUUAUAGGGUGUCAGGGUUUGCUGAUGAGAUUGAGGCUUUGAAAUUAGCUUUUGAUAAAGACGGUGAAGCAGCAGAUCUCAGCGUGUACAGUAAUAUCAACGUAGUGGCCGGUACGCUCAAGCUAUACUUGCGUCUACUCCCGGUGCCGCUCAUUACGUACGAAGUACAUCCCAAGCUGGUGCAGGCUAUACAAGCCAAGACGCAAGCGCAGCAAAUAUCGUUGCUCCGAGAAUGUCUGGACUGCUUACCGCCGGCACACUUCAACUGCUUGCAGUACAUGGUGCAACAUUUACACAGAGUAUCUCAACUAUCCGACGUGAACAAGAUGAGCGCGCACAACUUGAGCACAGUUUUCGCGCCAACUCUAGUCGCCACUCCGCCCGCCAUUACCGACCUCGCCUUCGAAAUACGCGCCCUACAGGUGCUUAUAGAGAACUGCCCGCAAAUAUAUUACGGUAAUAAAUAAACGGCCUACAGACAUAAAGUGAAAGAAGGAAAAUACUUCAUAUCAUCAUAGAUGCCUAGCCUUUUCCCAACUAUGUUGGGGUCGGCUUCCAGUCUAACCGGAUGCAGCUGAGUACCAGUGUUGACUGCCUAUCUGAACUCCUCAACCCAGUUACGAAUGAGGAAGGAGACCGAUGAUUAAGUGGCUUUUACACAUUGAAAGGUAGUGAUAAAAAAAUGUUUAAGUGCGUAGUAUGCCAAGGCGUAUCUACUUUGAGUUAUAGACUUACCUAUCUUUUGGACUAAAUCAUAUACCGAUUAAAUUCAGAAAAUCAUUAUACCUAACCUAAAUAUUAUUAAAAUUUGAAAAUUCACAACAAGAUGGUGGACCAUUUUUAAACACUUUUAUAAGUAUUUUGUGUGCCUACUUCCUUAGUAUUUUAAUCAUAUUUUUUUUUUUGUAUUACACAAAGACAAUAUAAAAUAGGUUUUUUAUUCGUUUACAUAUUUGUGCUACUGGUGUAGACUGAUUUUUAUCUUGAAGUAGGUAUUAAGAAUUUCAUGCUCAAAUAUCAUGGUGUGUGGUAUUUCACCUUUUGUACGUAUGUAUCUGAAACAUGUUUAAUUGAAGGCACUUCAUAAACUACUGAACUGACUAAAAAAACUCUCUCAGUGUCCCUGUUUUUCUGUGUGUCCAUAUAUUGCGGAAAGCUAUAGGAUUUUACCCGGAUGCGCGUGGUUGUAAUUAACAUAAAAUAUAGCUAGAGUAUUGCAAAUACAUUGAGUAUUUGAGCACUUAUUAAUUCUUAUUUUGUAGAAUUCCUGACUUUUAUAGUGGAAAUUGUAUUUUAGAAAAUUGUAAGCAUUUACCUAGAUUUAAGUCUUAAAAUGAGGCAUAAAAGUGCUAUUUAAAAAUCUCACAAAUUAGUUGGUAAGUUAGUUUGUACGUGCAAUAUUAUUUAUCUCUUAUCAAAAACAUUGUGAUAUCGGAAUUUCGGUGUUUCUAAAAGAAAAUUUUCUUUUUUACCAUUCCAGGUUGUGUACUAUUAGUUCUAAGUUUUUAUAACCAAAAUAAAUAUUGUUUUAAGAAUGAAUUCAAUGAGGUUUUUAGCACAGACUUGAAACUCAUAAUAAAAACUUAUUUACUCUGUUUUAUAUCAUAUUACUAUUAUUCUAAGAACCUCAUUUAGGCCCAGUCUUCAAAGCAGAGAAGGUUUUAAACAACCAAUAGAAUUUAGUUAUUCAUAUAUCCAUUAUAGCAGAAAAACUCUAUUGGUUGUUUCAAAAGUCCUCCACUUUGGUAAUAACUUUUUAUACUUUUUUAUAUGUAACCACAAUUAAUAAUCGCUUUAUACAUAAAAUAAAAGAUUUAAUCGAUUA